AUGGAGGUGGCCGAAGCCGAUGACACAAGGUCGUGGGCACUCGAGUUGCCCAAGGCCAAGGCCAAGAAGAGGAAGAAGAAGUCCGUAAAGCUGCCAGAACUGGUGGCAGAGGCCGCAGACGGAGUCGACGAAGGCGUCGACGACAGUGAUUCUCGGCCAUCCUCCUCCCCCUAUCUGAGCAAAUCCGUCCGCGUAUAUUUCGGCCAGAAUGCCGACGCGUUCACAGUCCCCGAAGCUAUACUCGGCCAACGUUCAAAGCUGUCGCCCGCCAGAGAUGCAUGGGGCAUUUCCGCCUCCAGCCUCGACCUCGCCGACGUCCCCCACGAGCUCGGCCACGUCUUUGUCCACCACCUCUUCACAGGCACCUAUCAAUGUCUCAAGCCGACCGGACCGUCUGCCCACGACAGGCGUGUCGAGGAGCUGACGACCAGUAUCAAAGUCUACGUCGCCGCUCGGAAAUACGGACUCCACACCCUCGUCCAGCAAGCCCAAGACGAGAUGAAAAGGCUAGGAAAGCAGGUGCCGGUGCCUACCAUCUUCAGAGCAGCCAGGGACGCGUAUCCGAACCCGAGCAUAAACGACACAUGGUUCAUCCGCUUUCUGAAGAAGCGAUCGAGGGCGUUGCUCACAGACAGAGCGGCCUUUGAAAAGGUCGGUUUCCGACCCGGCGUCGGCGGCAGCAUGUCCAUCGCCGAGAUACUCUUGGAGAGCGCGGUCGAAUCGCUGGCCGCAGGUGCCGCCCACCCAGCACAGACGUCCGGCAGCACAGCAGCGGAGGAACCCCAAGUUCCAGCUGAGCCUCUGGCCGUGACUGCCGAAUGCGUCGCCGCAUCCGACCCGGACUGUCCGGCAGUCGAGGCUUAUCGGGUUCCGGAGGACUUUGAAGCAGAUGGACAAGUGCGGGAGGAAUCAAACGGACAAGCCCCAGAAGACGACUGCCCAGCUUCGGGCUCCAAGGAGGACGGGGACCGUGUUUUCCCAGAGACUAUGAGCAUCGAGGGGGAGGAAAGGCAAUGUACCGAGGGUCAGUCGUAG